AGCCCACUGGGCUCGGGCCUCGUGCAGUUCGCACCGAACGCGCGCAUGUCUCUGUGAGUAAUCCCUCGCACUUGCCCGCGCGAGCGAUCCGUGGUCAUGGCGGGGCCUGCACCAGCCAGCCUCGGCCCCAACGCACCGUGGUUCGCGUGGUUGCUGGGGCUCUGUGCAAGUAACGUUGCUACCACGACUAUGGCUGCGGCUGCCGAGACCUCUGCCACCGAGACGGAGUGCAUUUACAAGUUCACGCCGACGAAGUUGCGGAACGAGUCCACUUUCGUCCAUUUCGCGGAGAUCGAAUUCAUGAGCAGCGGUUCGCAGGUUGCAGUCACUGGAGCAGCGAAUCCUGGAGGCUCCAAUCCGUCUUUGGAAACACCUGAAAUGGCAAUAGACGGUAGUAUAUUAACCAAGUGGGCCGACGUCAAUAUGCAGGCCCUUGUACUUACAAUCUUGGAUUGCACCGCGGAACCAGACAGUUUCAGGUUCAUAACGGCCAGCGAUGAAUACUCCAACGACCCAGUGCAAUGGACACUGCACAAGUAUAUUGGCAGCUCGUGGGUGGUCGUGCACGCUCAGGAUGUUGAUUACCCAACACCCACUGCGCGUUACACGCCGACCGAGUGGUUCCAAUUUCCAGGGGUCAUGUCGCUUGUCGUCUUGAGCAUUGGAUACAGCGAAAAUGCCAUGGGCCAGUAUUUCCAUUUUGAUUGGGCGGCGGAGCUUGGAUCUGGAACAGUGAGUUGGCCAGUGAUGAGGCAGUGCCGUAGUGGGGUGGAGCUUGCAUCUGGCGUUGGCGUGCUUUGGGGUAAUUCCACUGGUGGCACGUCAGGCAAUGCGCAGGGACGUUUCGACGAUAACAGUACACUUCAUAAUGAUUGGCAGGUGGGUGAUAUCGCUACGAAUGGAGCGUGUCAGACCAUUUACUCCAUCAUAUCGUGGGUAUACUGCAUUGGGCAGUCCUCAGUGCUUGAUUCCUCUCGCUUCGCGGGGCUGAACCACGUAGAGUCCAGUCGUUCUUGCUGAACGGGGUGCUGUUGUGAUAGAAACUAACUCCGAUGCUGCGCAAGAGGUGGUCCAGCCUG